GGUUUGGUUGUGGGGUGUGGGUUUGGUUUCACUUCAGUUGUUUUGUUUUGUUUUUGGGUGUUGAUUUUAGCUGAAUCUGAUUUCUUUUAGAACAUAAUUAUUAUUUUAAUGCUUCGGUGACGUGUGUGGUUUGCCUCCUUCUGCACUUUUCUUGGAUUCUCUGCUUGUGAUGCUUAUUAUUCUGUGUGCGAUAGUAUUUUGUUUUGAUCUUUAGUUUGUUUAAAUGAUGGUUGUUUUUCUUUCCCUAUCCCUCUACUUCAAAAUUGCAUUUCUUCUUUGAAAAAUUGUAAUCAAAUCAGUUCAAGUAGUCUGCCUUUCAUUACCUUUUGACUCUCUCUCUCUCUCUCUAUACAGUCACAAAAUAGUUAUGGUUGUUCAGUGGUUUCAUUUGUGGAGGUCCUCUUCAAUGAUAUAAAAUAUUUAUGGUCUAAGUUUAGCACCAUUCUAAUUGAUUGAUCAGACCCAACAAAAGCGAAACCAGGAUUCUCACAAAAAUGGUUCUUGGUCUAAGAUCAAAGAACCGAAAAGGCACUACAGUGUUGGUUGAUUACCUCAUUCACAUACAAGAAAUCAAGCCUUGGACCCCAUCUCAGUCUCUGAAAUCUGUAGAAUCUGUAUUGCUUCAAUGGGAUAAUGGUGAUCAGAGUUCUGGGUCUUCCACUUCCAAUAUUGGAGAUGGAAAAGUUGAAUUUAGCGAGACUUUCAGGCUUCCAGUUACAUUAUUCAGGGAAACAUCCAGAAAAGGCACUGCUCGCGACAGUUUCCAGAAGAACUACUUGGAGUUGAGCUUGUAUGAAGUUCGAAAAGGCAGGGCAAUGAAAGGUCAACUAUUGGGAUCAGCAGUUAUAAACCUUGCAGAUUAUGGAAUCAUCAAAGAUACCAUAACCAUAAGCACUCCUAUCAACUUCAAGAAGAGUUCUAAGAGUACAGCGCAGCCAGUUCUUUAUGUUAAUAUCCAACCAUUUGAUAGAGAUAACUCUAGCUCGUCUAAAGAAGUGUCACUGGACAAGGAUGGAAGUGAAUCUGUUUCAGAAGUGACAAAUGAAGGGAAUGAUGAGGAAAGUGAGAUUGCCUCAUUCACUGAUGAUGAUGUUGAUGAUAAUAUUUCCUCACAUUCAUCAAGGACUAUUUCCUCUUUUGCUUUUGAGUCUGGUAAAGGUUCACCAGCUCAAGAUGAAAAGAAUUUGACUGGAUCAGCAACCAAUGAUACAAGGAAGGUUAAUGGGGAAACCACUCUACCCUCUGGUGUUGCAAAUUCAAACCCAGAUUUGAAUACCAUAGCUGAAGCUUUCAAACAUCUGAAUGGAGCUUCAUCCACUCCAUCAUCAACAGGCUUAUCAUCUAAUUUGCAUAAUUGCAUAAAUGAUCUUGGGGCCAAAAUUAUGUUGUCUGAUAAUUAUUUUCAGGUGGGUAAAAACUCAAACCACGUAGAUCUUCAAGUGUCUCAAACCAAUCAAGAGGCUGGCAAAAAAGGUUCAAAUGGUGAAAAAAUUGGACUAGAGGUAGCUAAAACUAGUAAUUUACAAGUUGGUCUUAUGGAAGAUAAACUCAAAAAGGAGAAGGAAGAUAGUAGACAGGAAGAGGAUCUGAUGGUGUUAAAGAAUCAUAGUUUAGAGGAGGAACAAUCUGUUGGUAGGUUACCUCAAGAACCUAUGAAAAGACAAGUCAAUUUAAGGAGUAAUACCCUUGCAUCCAACAGGAUGUCAAAUGCAGUGCAGGGCAAUACACGUAGAGAUAAAUUAAAGCGUCUGAAGUCCGUUCAACAACAGUUUCAUAUAGCUGAAAGUGAUGAACCCUUCAACAAUAUAGAGUUCGUGAAGACGGCAAACAAAAUUGGUGUUCCUGAAAAUUUUCACAAAGGUGAUUUAAAUUACAUAUCAAGUGAAAAACAAAAGACAACAAACCACCAUUCUGACAACAAAGUCCAAUUGAAAUCCGAAGUUGAAAUGCUUGAGAAAGAGUUAAGUGAAGCUGCUGCUGAAGAGGUUGGCCUUUACCCAGCUGUUGUCGGGCAUGGAAACUCUACAAACAAGGUUCAGCUUAUUGAAAAGGCAAGGGAAAUUGAUGCUCCUGGAGACAUUCACAAGGUUGAUGAGAGUUGUGCGCUAAGUGAAAGAGAACAAACAGAAAGCAGCUUUUCUGGAUUAAAAGUUGAAUUGGAAUCCAAAGUUGAAAUGCUCAAGGAAGAGCUGAUGGAAGCUGCUGUUCUUGAGGUUGGCCUUUACUCAGUUGUUGCUGAGCAUGGCAGUUCUGCAAACAAAGUUCAUGCUCCAGCCAGGCGCCUUUCAAGGUUCUAUCUUCAUACUUGCAAGGCAAUUUCACAGGCUAAGAGGGCAAGUGCAGCUAGAGCUAUCAUCUCAGGAUUAGUUUUGGCUUCUAAAGCUUGUGGAAAUGAUGUUCCAAGGUUAACUUUCUGGUUGUCAAAUUCAAUUGUGCUGAGAGCAAUUGUAAGUCAGGUUGUUGAGAAAUUGCAACUUGUAUCAGCACCGUCUAUCAUUGAAAAUGGUGGUCAAAAGGGCAGUUGUGAGGCCUCUCCUUAUGAAGAUGAGAAAAUUGAUAAAUCAAAAGGUUCUGAUGAGUGGGAGGAAUCUCAAACAUUUAUAGUAGCAUUGGAAAGAGUUGAAGCUUGGAUCUUCUCACGAAUUGUUGAGUCGGUUUGGUGGCAGACUCUGACUCCUCAUAUGCAGCCCACAGCAGUGAAGGGCUCAAAUUCAAAGAAGACCUAUGCUAGGAGGUAUGGAUUGGGUGACCAAGAACAGGGGAAUUUUGCUAUUGAUCUAUGGAAAAAGGCUUUUAAGGAUGCGUGUGAAAGGCUGUGCCCAAUUCGAUCUGGGGGACAUGAAUGCGGUUGCUUGCCUGUGCUCGCUAGAUUGGUAAUGGAGCAGCUGGUGCAUAGAUUAGAUGUGGCCAUGUUCAAUGCCAUUCUUCGUGAAUCAGCAGACGAGAUGCCAACAGAUCCUGUUUCUGACCCCAUUAGUGAUCCAAAGGUCCUCCCAAUACCAGCUGGAAAAUCAAGCUUUGGGGCUGGUGCACAACUGAAAAAUGCUGUAGGAACCUGGUCCAGAUGGCUCACAGAUUUAUUUGGAAUUGAUGAUAAUGACUCUCUGGAAGAUGCGAAUGAACUUGACAGCAACAAGACAGAAUGUGAGACUUCAUUCAAGGCUUUCUACCUCCUUAAUGCAUUGAGUGAUCUCAUGAUGCUUCCAUUUGAAAUGCUUGUGGAUAGGUCAACAAGAAAAGAAGUAUGUCCUAUAUUUGGUGCGCGGAUCAUUGAGAGAGUGCUUAACAAUUUUGUCCCAGAUGAAUUCAACCCAGACCCUCUCCCAGAGGCAAUCUUCGAGUCCCUGGACUCUGAGGACCUUGCUGAGGAUGUGACUGAAUCCAUCUCAAGCUUUCCAUGCAUGGCCACUCCUACAAUCUAUUCUCCGCCACCAGCAGCUUCACUAACAAACUUUAUAGGAGAGGUGGAAAAUCAAACACUGCAGAGGAGUGGAUCAACCGUGCUCAGAAAAUCUUACACUAGUGAUGAUGAACUUGAUGAGUUGGAUUCACCAAUGACUUCGAUCAUUAUUGACAAUUCCAGGACUUCUGCUCCAACAGCAUCAAAUUGGAUGCCAAAAAGUAAUGGAGGCCGGAAGGUCAUUAGGUAUCAACUCCUCCGGCAAGUAUGGAAGGAUGGUGAAUAGCUUUGCUCGUUACCCUGGCUCAUUCUCCCCCAACCCCCCCCUCCCCCCCUUCUCUCCCUCUCCCUCUCCGUUUGUCGUAUGUGUAUAUAGAGACGUAAUUUUUGUAGGCUGGUUGAUUUAUUGAUGUUUUGAGUUGUAAAUUUUGUAUUCCAUAAGAGCGGACUACUUAAGAGAGUUUUUAUGCGACAUAGAUUUUUCAUCCUUAUGUUGCUCCACUCUGUUUGGAUAAGAUUGAUGGAAAGAUAAAUAAAGGUAAAGAAAGGUAAGUAAGUUA